UCAACGAUCAGUGUAAUGUUUCUGUCAAGCUCUGCUUUGAUUUAAUAUUUAGUACUUUCUUUCUUCUCACUGUUUACAAUUUGUGUGGUCGCCAAGUUCUCAUUUGAUUAUUAGUUUCUUAUUUAAGAGUUCUCAUUAAGUUUUGUAAUCAAAUAUUACAUAUUUCGUUGAUUUUGUCUAUAUACGUACACGUAGAUACCACUGAAAUUAACCCUGCUUUGUAUAACCAAUUGGAGUAUAGUAGUCACAAGUCACAACCCUAUAAAAGAAAACAGUUGUUGAUCAUCUUCCCGCCCCGAGUAUCUCUCUCUCGAUCUUGAUUGCAUUGAGAAAUAUAGAUGGAGACGAUGAAGAAGAAAGGGAGAGGGAAAGCGACUAUAACAUCACAGAAAGAAGAGGAAGGAACAGUGAGGAAAGGGCCAUGGACUAUGGAAGAAGACUUCAUCCUCUUUAAUUACAUUCUUAAUCAUGGUGAAGGUCUUUGGAACUCUGUCGCCAAAGCCUCUGGUCUAAAACGUACUGGAAAAAGCUGUCGGCUCCGGUGGCUGAACUAUCUCCGACCAGAUGUGCGGCGAGGGAACAUAACCGCAGAAGAACAACUUGUGAUCAUUCAGCUUCAUGCUAAGCUUGGAAACAGGUGGUCGAAGAUUGCGAAGCAUCUCCCGGGAAGAACGGACAACGAGAUAAAGAACUUUUGGAGGACAAAGAUUCAGAGACACAUGAAAGUGAAAGUGUCGUCGGAGAAUAUGAUGAAUCAUCAUUGUUCGGGAAACUCACAAAGCUCGGGGAUGACAACGACGGAACAAGGCAGCUCCGGCAAAGCCAUCGACAUGGCUGAGAGCUUCUCUCCGGCGACGACAACGUUUAAUGUGGUAAACGAGAAUUACUGGAACGUUGAAGAUCUGUGGCCCGUCCACUUGCUCAAUGGUGACCACCAUGUCAUUUAAGAUAGUCCUACAAUUUAUAUAUUUAUAUCCCCGAGCUGCUUUUUUUUUGGGUUAUGGUACGUUCUUUGGUGUUGUUUCUAUUGCUGAAAUGUUGUUGCAACUAAUUUACAUAUAAAAAGGCGGUGUGAGAGCAGAGUUACCUCUGUUCGUUAAAGAACAUAUAUAUAUAUAUACUACUCUUUCUUUUGUUUGUU